GAGGGAACAAAGAUGGCGGUUCGCAACCACCACGCGAAGUUUGCAUGAAAAAAGCUAGUUAUCUCAUAAAAUACUCGUCGAAGCUAAAUUUAAAAGACCAGAGAACAUUUUUAGGACAUAAGAGAACCUUUUAAAUUGUUCAUCAGAGAUUUAACGGCAGGAGUUGACCGAUAAAAUGAAGUUGACAGCAGAUCUUAUACUGCAAAGUCCGCAGUACACAAAUGCAUUGAGAGAUAGAGAACUGGAUUUGCGGGGUAAGUAAACAUUUAUUCUGCGGUUUGAAUAAAAAAUAAAAUUAUUUAGGAAUUUUAUUUUGAAACGAGAGUUGCUUUGGACGAAGUUAUUGGAAAUCUAGUGUAUUGUUUGUUAUGUGGAGAUGCUUGCAGUACAUAUUUCCUAUUUGUUGACCAUCUUGCAUUAUUUUCUACAUUGUCUUGUCUUUUACACUGUAGGUUAUAAAAUCCCCGUGAUUGAAAAUCUUGGAGCGACUUUGGUAAGUUUUUUUUUUCCAUUACUCGAUUAUUUCGCUAAAUGCUUCAGAAAAAUUGGAAGAUAAAUGAUAGUAGCAACGGACCACCUUCUAAAUGAUGCUAAUCUUUAGUAACAGUCUUCAGUCAUAAAAAAUAUAUAAUUUAGGAUUCAUUGUUUGCAUUUUGACUCCUUAACCCAUAAGAUUGACCGGCAUGUAAUUUCUCUUGACUGUAAUAUAGUAGAUCAUUCAUAAAGAUCAUGAGAAUGAAGUAAAUGAUUGCUAACCUAGGAAGCUUUGAUUCUUAAAUGAAUUCUCCUUGUCUGUACCAAACGAAAUGUAUAGAGAAGGAUAUGGAGAAUAUCUACACUGAUCUUAGGGUGUGCAUGGUUAUGAUCCUACAUGCCAAGCUUGUAUUCCUGAUGCCUGCAAUAAUGUCUUAAACCUUAUACUCCAAGAUCUGACUGUCAAUUCUCCCAUCUAGCUUUUGCACAUUUCCUUGUAAAUUAGUUAAAAGAAUUUUGAUUUAAACCAUGAUAACAAUUUCUACUUGAUAAGUUUGAAUAUUCUCAUUACGUGUUUGCUAUAUAAUGUUUGGAUAUUAUAGAGAGAAGUUACUUGUUAUCAGCUCCUGAAGGUAAUGGGAUAACUGUUGUUUGAUUGAUUUUAGGACCAGUUUGAUACCAUUGAUAUGUCAGAGAAUGACAUCCGCAAACUGGAGGGAUUUGCAUUACUCAAGAGAUUGAAAAGCCUUCUUUUAAACAACAACAGAAUAUGGUAUGUUUCAAUGAUUCAUCCUGGACAUUUCUUUUGCACAGACAGACACGUGUGUGCAUAUGCUGCAUGACUAGCAUUUUUUUCCAGAAAUUAAGAAUCCAUUGAAAACAAUGUUGGGUCUUUUGAUCAACUUACAUUGUUCAAUAUGUCCACCUUUGCUUUAUUUGUCACUGUUUUUGUGUUUCUGCUAUGAUAAUUUAUAGGCAAGAAUUUGAUUUCCUAGUAUUUGUUAAACUUGUCUAGGUUAAAACAUUUUUAUAAACUGUUCUUCCUGAUUUUUUACAGUAUCUUUCUCAACUUUUAAACAUAUUCUAGAUGAUAGCAUCUUGUAUUUGUACCAGACUUAAAAGUAUUGUCACUUUUAAAUUACAGGUAGUCACCUUUAAAAUUGACAAUUUUUAAUUGUGUAUGAUUUGUUCAUGGAGUCAUUUGUUUGUUUAUGUGGUCGUUUGUUUAUGUAGUUUGUAAGUGCUGUAUAGAAAUUUGUGUGUCAGUAAAUCCAUGUGAUAUUAAACUGUUAGGGCUGGUUAUUUGCAUGAGUCCAAUCCAAAUCAUGGUUUUAAGUAACUAGUGGGUCUCAGGCUUUCUCUUUAAGUGAGUCGAUUUAACUAAAGGGAAGUCCAUCCAGUGUUAGCUUUCAGCUCUCUUGACACUGUUCACAAAAAUAAAUGUUCAGACAAAAGAUUCAGCAAAAUUGAGGAUUGUUUAGGAAGCACUUUUGUUAAACAAAGGCAAAACUUUGUUUUAAUAGCCAACCCCUAGCAUAAAAUAUGGUAAUUUGCAUGACAAAAAUGUUGUGCAGUGGUGUUUUAUGCAGUAUCUAACACUUUUAAAUAUAUAUAUAUAUCCCAUUGAAAAUUGGUAAGUGCAGUGGACAAUCUAUGGAGAGAGGUAAGCUGAUACUGUACUGUAAAUUGUCUUUGGAGUUUGGAAGGCGUCACCCAGAUUCUCAGACAUCCUUAACUACUGUGUACAUGUAUCUAGUUAGUUUAGUAGCAUUUUGAUGCUCAAAGAAGAUACAAAGAAGGUGUCAUUUAGAGCAAAAGACUCAUUCUUCAAAAAUUCUAUUACCUGUGUGAAAAGAAUUAAUAACUAUUCGUUUUUAGCCUGUUACCCUCUAAAUGAAUUUUGAUACAUUUUGUUUUUUUUUUUUCCUUUUUUGAGGCUUUUUAAUUAUAUUGUUAUUCUUCCUCAAGUUUUAUACCAGGGUCAUAGUCAGACAGAAAUUGUAACUUUUUUGGUUCAUCAUUUAGACAAGUUUUUAAAGCUGUGAAAUGUAAACUACUGCAAUAUUUUAUUGUUACCAAGAGCUACUGAAAAAAUAGCUUCAACAAGACAUAAAUAUAUUUGAAAGCUUGACCCCUUUGUUCUCACAUGUAUGAAGCAAAUCAUGAUUUUUUUGUCAUUAUUGUCCUGUAUCGUCUUUGACUAAUAUUAUCAUUAAUAAUAAAUUUUACAAUAAAUAUUAUCAUCAUCAUUGCCUCAUUUUUUUUUUGACAUAUAUCUCUCUCUUCUAACACUAUUCAUGUUGCUUUCAGUCGUAUUGCAGAACAUUUAGAGGAGAGUCUACCCAACUUAGAAACUAUUGUAAUGACAUCAAAUAACAUGCAAGAAUUGGUAUGUCUUACUUAGUCUUUGUUUUCAGUUUUAAUUCAUCUUUUAUUUUUAUUUAAUUUGUAUUUUUUCCUAUUUUAUUUAUUUUUCCUUGACAAUAUUUUGGUUGCAUGGUUAUUGUCUGGAUUGUCACAAUUCUUGUUUACUUGUGUAAUUUCAUUCUCUUCAUUCAUUUUGAUCUGUAGAAAGACCUGGAUCCAUUGAAGUCUGUUAAAAGUCUCCAGUACCUCAGGUACAUGUUGCAUAUUUAUCUAACCCUUUCUUUAGAACAUUUCCCCCUGUUCUCCCUGAUUUUAAGCACAACAAAUUAAGGAAAUGAUGAAACCAGUAGAAAAAUUGUUGUACCUGUUGAAAUCUCAAGAAUUCCAAACAAUUCUUAGCGGCAAUAAGAGGGUACUACAUGCAUUUACCAGUUAUUGUCUGAAAAGGAAAACACUGCUCACCAUAAUUUCUUUUCUCACUCUGUUGAAUACUUUUCAGCCACUGGUUUUUUAACUCUUUUUUUCUCCUUGCUAAGAGAUAAGAUGCAGGUGUUAAUUCUGUGUACUUUAUCUCAGAACUUGUAACUGAAUGUUAAAAAUCUCUUGGUAUCUUUUUCAGUUUGCUUCGAAACCCAGUAACUAACAAACCUCACUACAGAUUAUAUGUCAUCAACAAAUUGCCGCAGCUAAGAGUGUUGGACUUUCAGAGAAUAAAACAACGGGUAAUAAAAAAAGACUGUUAGAUCUAGCAUCUUUUUGACCUAGUGACCAGCAUCUAAUUUCUCCUUACAUUAUGACCCUUAAAUCACCUAUUAAGGCAACACCAACAAAUGAAAUGAUCACUAACUAAAGAAAGUAUUGAUUGUUAAACAAAUUCUCCUUGUCAGCACCUUUGGAAUUGUAUGGAAAACAGUAUGGAGAAUAUGCAUGCUGAUGUUAGGGUGUAAAGGGUUACUCCAAUAUAAUUUCUUUCUUUGUUGCUAGAGAUGAUAAAGGUUUUACCAUUGGCCAGUAUUAGUUAUUGUUGCUGUAAGAAUAAAAAUUGUUUUGCUCAACCCUUUAACUCCUGGGGUUGAUUUACAUGUAAUCUUCUCCCUAUAAUACUCAUACAUUAUCUAGCAAAAAGGUAAUGAGAAUACUCAAACUUAUCAGAUAGAAAUUGUUAUCUUGAUCUAACACCAAAUUCUUGUAACAAAUUUACAAGAUGUGUUGCAGCCAGAAGGGGAGAAUUAAUAAUUAGAUCUUGGGAGUUAAAGGGUUGAAAAGCUGAGUAACAUAGAUGUUUUGUGCUAUUGUUUUUAGGAAAGGGAAGCUGCCAAGCGAAUGUUCAGCGGUAAACGAGGACAAGAAGGAAGUCAAAAGGGAAGAAAGGCUAAGACGUAAGUUUAUUCCAUUUCCUUGUUUGUUAGCUCAUUAUAUGAGUGUGCAGAAGUGGUUUGAAAAACUGUAACUCCUCACAAUUUCAAAUUGUUGUCUACCCAGCAUGUGAUAAAAAUUGACAAACUAAUCCAUUGUGCAUGUUGUGGUUCAAUCUUAUCUUUGGUUCAAAUUUUAUUUCUUUUGUUGUGGUGUAUCAUAAUGUAUGAUACUGAGUUUGAAACAAAGGAAAAUAAAAUUUCAACCAAGGAUAAAAUUGAACCACAACAUACAUAUUACACAAAAUUCUUUGAGGUAAUAAUAGGGAAAGGUAUUGUGAAGGAGAGGUACAAACCAGUUCUCAGUCAAGAGACAAAAUGAUAAGACAUUGUAUAACAAUUCAAUAAGAUUUGAACUAUGAGUGAUUUUUUUUUUUAAUUUUUUGAUUUAGGUUUGUUCCUGGGGGACCACCUGUUGGAACAAGGCCUUUACCAAGCAAACCUCUUCCAUCACCCACUAAAGACAUUGCUGCAAUCAAGGUAAGUAAAUUUAAGUCUGUACCAAGUGUUUUAGUAAUACCCCUUUUUACAAGUAAUAAUUUAAUAUGUUUUACAUGGGAGACGAUUCCUUUUCUAAGUGGUUGAACAUUUUGCUGGCAAACACGAUUGUCAUUUGUGUAACUAAUUUGUAGUUAUUGUUUCAUUCCCUCAGGCUGCCAUUGCAAAUGCACGCUCUCUGGAUGAAGUGCAAAGACUUGAGAUGUUAUUAAAAGCAGGUCAGGUGCCUGGAGGAAACAAACCGAAUAAUAAUGUUGAUGAAGAGAUGGAAGACAUGUCAAAUGGCACAUGAACAAACUCUGUAUCAGACUGUAUCAUUAUCAGUGUUACUUCAUUCUUUUUUUGUCUAUUGACUAUGUGGUCAGCCUGAGAAAAAGGCAGCAGUCCAUUGAAACUGGAAAUAUUUAUGCUUCCCUCAAAGAUAUUGUGGAAUCUUGCUUAGUUUUCAAUAGCCUUUGUUGGGCCUAUCACUGAAUACUUCAUCUUACAUUUGUGCAAUCAUUCCCUCCAAGGCAACAUAGUGUUGUGUAACAACUAAACCGAGAGUUCCUUUCUUACCUUGUCAAUAUAAAGCUUUUUUGUUUUUGAAGUUGAUAAUGAUUUGUCAUUCUAAACAUGAAAAAAUGAGAAUACAUGCCAGUGUUGUAUAUUAUGAAAGGUAGAGAUAUGCAUUUUUCUGUUAAGAGACUGAACUUCAGAUGGAAUUACCCUAUAUUUCUAGAUAUUCUUUUAACUACUUUUACCUUCCUUUGUGUAAAAUAAAUAACUUGUAUGUGUAUCCUUUCUUAUUGGAAAUUGUCUCUUGCUUGCAUGUUUUUGUAGAAAAUAAAAUCAGUG